UGAAAAAUAUAUGAGGAAGUCAUUUGUAUAGCAGGGGGUACAAAAAAUGUUUUCGCCUUUGACUUUAUUUCGUCAAACAAUUUGUGGUCCGCAGUAGGUUAUUUGCCUGAUUUUAUUGAAUACUGAUGACGCAUUAGACCUGCUAAAUGCUAGGCCUCUCGAUGGCGAGUGUUCAGUCAGUUUGUGAAUGUCAUUUGUGAGAGGACAUGUAAGAAAUAUGAAAUGCAACAGUGUCUGGAGUGGAAUACUUCACAAUCCGAACAGCAAGAUAAAGACGAAGUCUGUGUUUGUUCUGCUAAUCUGGUUUCUUUCGUGUGCUGCGCAUGACUGUCAAGCUGAUGAGAAUGCAAUGCCACAGCCUCAGUAUUGCCCUUACUUCCAAAACCGGGCACCUAUGGCUCAACCUUCGCUGAAGAAUUGCACAUGGUAUAAGGAAAAGGCGUGUUGUCUUGACGAAGAACUCGAUGUUAUUUUCUCCAAUCUUUUGCCUAUGGCUGGCGCUGAUCAACACUGCCUUGAGGCAUUGAAUCAUCUAUAUUGCUACGUGUGUUCGCCAAAACAAAACGAUUUCUUCAUUCACAAUCGGCUGACUGUGUGCGAGGAAUCGUGUGACAUGAUUUAUCAACUCUGCGCCAACGCUUUUCUCAAGGGCGUCCGUUGGCAAAAAUUGUACACAAACGGUAGCGAUUUUUGCAAAAGUCGCAAGUUUCAUUCAACAAAGAAAUCCACCGGGCAAUGUUUUGACUUCACCGAAUUACUCUCUACGAAUGUUGCCUUACAUUUUGAUAUCUCUACUGUGUUAUUAUGUAGCGGAUUGUAUAUUGUAUACAACAUGAUAAUGACGUAAGCUCACUUGAGUAUGGCGACUUGAGCGGAAUCUCAUUCUUGUCAAUUGGUGUAUAUAUUUUGAACACAUUUGAAGAUAAAAUAUUAUAGUUGAGGAUAAAUAUUAUGAGAGUGUAGUAAUACUAUUGAUUACUAAGAAGCAACUGCUUAUAUAAUCUUGUUAAAUAUCUGCCUUGGAUGAGAAUAAAAUAUUUAGGUUGAA